AUGCCCCCGGGCUGUCCCCACAGCCUCUGUGCCGAGAGCAAAUCUCAUCGCAGUCUUUUUUCGCUAGCGCCACGCACGGCUGGGCAGCGUCGUGUGUCCCCGACUUCACGUUUCUUGCGCUGUCGUUUCAAAACCCAUCCGGCUGUUCUGGUGAACAAGAUAUACAAAGCCCACGCCUGCCGCGUCCGCGCAGCAGAAGAUGGCGCCUCCCUUGAUUUCCCCCGGGGACGUGAUGCAUCCAACGCAGACUUGCAUGAAUGCGCGCGUUUGAGUCAGCUGGGAGAUGCCUUUCUGCUCGACUGGUUGGCCCUCGACCCUCUUGACUUGGGCGUCGCGGCUUGCGGCUCACGACCGGCCCCAUUCACCUUCUCGAGACUUCACGGCGAAGCUUGCUUGGGUAUCAAGAACCCAGUCUCGUCACAUGUUGACCGUAAAUCGCCAAUGUUAUCAGAUACGUUUCCCAUCUACCAGACCUAUUACGCCGCUAGCCCGAGUCUCCAAAUCUGA